CACCAAAGUCUACGCAUUGGAAAUGUCCCGGCUGUUGCAAGUCGGUACGGGCGGAUCUUUUCCUAACGUGGCGCACAUCGCAUCGGCCCAAGCGCAUUACACCGAUCGCUUUCUCAAUGAAUGCGAUCACAUCAAAGUUCUACUUCACUUGCACUCGUUCACGUACGACUUCCACCUUCGCAGUCUCAACUCAUUCGUCGCUGGCCGUCAUUACCUAUUGAAACCCGGUUUCCAUUUAAUCAGCUUCUUGGACGAUUUUAACAAAUAUUACAACAAGGCUCCUAACUUUGCCAGAAAUCAAGUUGUGAGAAACAGUCUGACACUCAAAGAUCCUGCAACUCCGGGUGAACAGCUGUUCAAUUAUCUGUUGAGUCACGAGCGCCGUUACGGGUUCCACGUCCUCAGGAUGGCUUCUUCGACCAACUCGGACAGUGAUGAAGUCACGACGGAGUAUGUUUUAGCGAAACAGUGGCCCUUCAAAACCAUACAACGGGAAUAUGGUGAUCUCAAACACGCGGAUGACUAUGACGUGACGUUGCUGGUGUCCCACGAAUCGGUCUGCGAAGAUCCAAUGACCAUUUUCAUCAAAUUUUACGUCAUCAUGACCUCAAAGCGGGAAUACUAUCCCAGAUUGUUGAUGGAGAAGAAACCAGGCAAAUUCCGGACCGUGUCUACGGCGACUCCGGUUAAGGCGGCCUCAGCACCCCCAUUGGAAAUAGUCGAUCGUGUGGCGGAGGAUUCCGUCUCGGCUGCCCAGGAUGAUUCAACCCAAGUCGUCGAGAAAGAGCCAGCCUCUGUCGACCAACCAAAGAUUUCCAAGAGCAAUUUAGAUUUACAGUUGGCGGAUAAAGAAAGGAAAACGCCAACUCCCGAGCUGCUGUCGGUCAGUAAUCCUGGGGUGAGCUUCGCUCAACGAAAGUAGAGUAUCAUCGUCAAU